GCGUGUUUUGGUGUCAGAUGCGCUGCUGUUAGCUAGCAAGCAGAAAUAUUGCAAGUCAUGGUGGGCCAUUCAAUGGGGGGAAAGGGUGGAUAAUGACAUUGUGUAAUGCUAAUAAAACAUAUGAGAGAACUCUUCUGAAAUCAAAUAAUGGUUAUAGAAGGUGGCCGACUUGUGGGCAUACAGGCAGAUGUAUAAAAUCUCCACGCGUAAGUAUAAAAUAGGUUUUAGCUAGCUAGCUAGCUAUCUAACGUUAGCCAACUAGCUUUGCUAGCUAGCGAACGUUGGCUAGCUACAUAACGUUAGCUUGUAGCUAAUUGCGCUUGAAUGUUUUGGACAAGCGACGUAAAGUAGGCGGAUGCAUUAUCUGCUUCUUGUGUGUACGUUUAGUUGAGAUUGGUAAUGCAAGACAUUGUUUUAAAAUACAUAGUAACAGUUAGCUAGCUAACGUUACAUCUUAGCAAUUUCUCUUCCCCCGUUGCUGUCACCUCAACAUCCCGCCCCCAUCUUUUCCCCAUUGGUUAACAUGUGUGAGACUCCAACGUUGUGAUCGUAUCCUUGGCUUGUGAAUGGUUCACCAGCCUGUCAGUCAUCUCUGCGCCACUUGUUGUUAGGGAGGUUGCUUGAUAUCGGAAAUGAGCGCUAUCAACACUUCCCUCUGGACGAGAAAUACCGGUGGAUGCUGGCUACGAUGUUGAUAGGCUGCCUACUUUGAAACAUUAUUGACAGAUAUACUGAUGCAUUAUUUUUAUUGCUAUUAUUUUAAUGUAAUUGUGUGAGUGAUACAUCGGUAAGCUGCAGAUCUUGAAAAGCAAAUGGAUGAGAGGGAGACUGCUAGGGAUGGGAGUCAUGAAGCGUAGCUACUGGAGGAGAACCCGAGACCCUCCCUCUUUCACCUUCACAUCUAUUCCUGUUAUGCACUGACCUAGGUGAUGCAUUUCAGUUGUUGUGCAUUGUCAGGUUGGCUUGUCAAAUUGGCCUUCUUGAAUUGGGGUUGAGGUACAGUGUGUUCUCUAGAGACAGUGGUUUUCAAACCUCUCCUCGGGGACCCCCAGUUAACAAUUUUACUGUAGCCCUGAACUAGCUCGCAAGGGCUUUAUGAUUAGUUGACAAUUGGAGUCAGGUGUGUUUGCUCUGGAAUAGAUCAAAUACAUGGAACAUUGUUUUUGCAUUCAUUGCCUCUGCACUGGCAGUGCAUAUGUUUGGUUUAUGGUUAUGAGUUUAGUGUGCGUUUGAUUGGGCUAUUCAUGUUGGUUAUCAGUGAAUUUGGUCAUCUUAAAUCUUGUGUGGCUGACUGCCCAUGGUACACGUUUGAGGAAAAGCAGGUUUGUUUCAAUAUCUGAGGCCAUACACACAUUUCAUCUGGUCUGAACAAUAUUUGAUGCAUUCAGCUUCUGUUAUGUCAUGUAAUAUAUUAUUUUGACAUUAUGUAGUGUAAUUUACAUUUAUUUAUUUUUUACUGUGAAAUCAGACUGUAGUACACAGGCUUAGGUUGGAGGAUAUUGAACCUAACAUUUAAUCUAAGCUUGUUUACUCAACUAAUUCAUAUUUCUUUAUCCUGUCAUAAAUUUUUUUAAAGCAUCAAUACCAAGAAAAUAAGGUUUAAUUUGGCCUUGAUCUCUCUGUCUGUCUGUCUCUGCAGGUAUGGGAGGACUUACUGACCUAGAACACGGUUUACCCUUUGACUGAUAUUGGAUGUGCAUUCAAGACCGCAGAAACCCUCUCUAUUCUAUUCACAUUUUAAGCGAACUCUGCACAAUACUGCGAAAAGAGAAAGUCGCAAAAGUCCCUCUUCUGUCGUAUCUGCAAUUUUCAUACUUUAAUUGUUUAUCCCAGUCUUUAUCUCAGUAUCAACUAUUGUGCCACUAGUUUGUCCCUUGUUUAAAUUUUUUACUUUCACUUUUUGUUCCUUUGUAAAGAAAUGCUUUACCUGAAAAAGUACUUCACAGAGGGCCUGAUUCAGUUCACCAUCCUCCUGAGUCUCAUUGGGGUGCGGGUGGACCUGGACACCUACCUGAGCAAUCAGCUGCCCCCACUGCGGGAGAUCAUCCUAGGCCCCAGCUCGGCCUACACCCAGACGCAGUUCCACAACCUCCGCAACACGCUGGACGGGUAUGGCAUCCAUCCCAAGAGUGUGGACCUUGACCAGUUCUUUACCACCCGCCGGCUGCUGAACCAGGUGCGCCAGCUGGAUCGCCUGUCAGUGCCCAGUCCAGAGCUGAGCACGUGGCUGGUGCACCGUGACCCUGAGACUGUGGUGUCCGCCGCCAGCCAGUCCAGCCCCAGCAUCACCCUGGACAAUGGGGCCGGCCUGGAGGACGUGAACAACUCCGAAGCCCCGGCCAUGAGGGGUGGCGGCGGAGCGCCUGAGUCCACCUACAACCCGAGUGGCGAGGACAGCACCCUGGGAGCCGUGGCCCCCGAGGACAGCCAGGAGCAGAGCAACAGGGAUGGCAACGAUGACCUCACCAAAGAGGUAGGAAAGCAUGUGAUGAUCUCACCUCUACUCAGGCUCACAAGACUAUGCCAAGCUGAGGCAUGGCACCUCUAUUGUAAUGUACAGGGAGGGAUGUGUUACUAGGAGGAUGUAGGCCUACUUCUCAGAUUACUGUAUUUAGCUGUAUAUUAGAGACGCCUUGUAUGUGUGAACCUUGAUAAAUCACAAUUGUAAUAUAAUUGAAGUUAUUUCUGGCAUUAUUGUGUAAUCUGUGUUAUUUGCAUUAUUGUAAUGUCCUUGCAUUAGAAUCAUCCGUGCCCCUAAUAGUCACAGGACCACCACUGGGAGGCAGUGUGGUUUUGGGCGACACUAAGCCAUUGUUAAAGUAGAAUUAACUAAGUCUGAAUGGAUCACAUUUUUAUGGUAAUUAAGUGGCUACGGUUGCAUUAGUGGGCUUACAUCAGGGAUGGGCAACUGGCGGCCCCCGUGGAUAGAUAUAUAUUUAUUUUUAGGAACUCAGUUGGGGUCUCAAGUUAAUAUGUUGAGAGUUAGAAUAGUAGAAUACAUCAGGUGCAAUUUCGAAAUUUGGUUGUGCGUCAGCACUUAUGUCAGUCACUGACAGUCACUCAAUUAGCCAAUGUCAGCUCGUGUUUUGCCGGGGGGGGGGGGGUGUUAACUUAGGCCUCCAAAAGGCUAGGGCCAGCUCUGACUGCUAGUGUGGAUAUGCAUUGAUGUUGUGGUCCUCUGUAGCUCAGCUGGUAGAGCACGGCGCUUGUAACGCCAAGGUAGUGGGUUCGAUCCCCGGGACCACCCAUACACAAAAAAAAAAAUGUAUGCACGCAUGACUGUAAGUCGCUUUGGAUAAAAGCGUCUGCUAAAUGGCAUAUUAUAUUAUUAUUAUUAUUAUAUGUUGGUAUGCAGACCUGCGAGCCACUUCGGCCCCUCAUUAUUUUUUUAUGGCCCCCACCCCAUCAAUUGCCCAUCCCUGCUUACAUGAUCUGAAGUUACAUAAUCUGACUUUUAAAGUAACUGUCCAGUGUUUCAAGAUUUCUAUGAAAUAUUUCCUAUAAUUAAUUAUACUAUGAGUGAAAUAGUUUUCCUUCCAAAGGAUAAGUAUGUUAAAAAAGCAGCUUUUCUGUGUUAGAAUGGUGUGGGCAUACCCCAACAACAGAAUGUUGUCUAGGCGUAUACUGGUCAUGAAAAAAUAUUCAUGCCAGUAGACUGCUGAUUGGCCAGCUCAUCCAACUCAUCCUCUGUGAGGAAAUAGCAAGUCUGUUUGAGACACAAGUUUGAGGUGGGGUUUUUGAAGUGGAUUUUUUUCUCCAAUUUAUGCUUUGGCCACAUAUGAGUAUAGGAUGAGUCAACAACAUUAUUUGGAUAUGAGCAAAUAGAAUAUGACAAUUUUUUAUUGUAUUAUAUAUCACUCCUUGUGUUGACCUGAGGAUGAAAACAUCCAAAUGUAAUGCACACAGUAUCACAGGUAUAGGCAUCUUUGAUUUUUGCACCACAGUCAAGUACAGGACCGUCAAAGUAUUCAUACCCCUUGACUUAUUCCACAUUUUGUUGUGCUACCACCUGAAUUCAAAAGGGGUUAAAUAUUAAUUUUUUCUCACCCAUCUACACACCAUACCCCAUAAUGAAAAAUCUUUUUUUUUUUUUUUUUGAAAGGAAAUACAACAUUCUCAUUUCCAUAAGUAUUCACACCGAUGAGGGAAGAUAUGUUAGAAUUACCAUUGGCAGCGAUUACAGCUGUAAGUCUCUAAGAGCUUUGCACACCUGGAUUGUACCAUAUUUGCACAUUAUUAUUAAAAAAAUUAUUCAAGAUCUGUCAAGUUGGUUGUUGAUCAUUGCUAGACAGCCAUUUUCAAGUCUUGCCAUAGAUUUUCAUGCCGGUUUGAGUCAAAACUCUAACUAGGCCACUCAGGAACAUUCAAUGUCAUCUUGGUAAGCAACUCCAGUGUGUAUUUGGCCUUGUGUUUUAGGUUAUCGUCCUUCUGAAAGAUGAAUUUGUCUCCCAGUGUCUGUUGGAAAGCAGACUGAACCAGGUUUUCCUCAAGGAUUUUUUUGCCUGUACUUAGAUUUAUUGUUUCUUUUUAUCCCCCAAAACUCCCUAGUCCUUGCCGAUGACAAGCAUACCCAUAACAUGAUGCAGCCACCACCAUGCUUGAAAAUAUGAAGAGUGGUACUCAGUGUUGUGUUGGAUUUACCCCAAACACAAUGCUUUUGUAUUCAGGACAUAAAGUUAAUUUCUUUGUGAUGUUUUUUGCAGUUUUACUUUAGUUCCUUAUUGAAAACAGGAUGCAUGUUUUGGGAUAUUUGUAUUCUGUACAGGCUUCCUUCUUUUCACUCUGUCAUUUAAGUUAGUGUUGUGGAGUAACUACAAUGUUGUUGAUCCAUCCUCAGUGUUCUCCUGUCACAGCCAUUAAACUCUAACUGUUUUAAAGUCACCAUUGGCCUCAUGGUGAAAUCCCUGAGUGGUUUCCUUCCUCUCUGGCAACUGAGUUAGGAAGGAAGCCUGCAUCUUUGUAGUAACUGGGUGUAUUUAUACACCAUCCAAAGUAUAAUUUAAUAACUUCACAAUGCUCAAAGGGAUAUUCAAUGUCUGCUUUUUUUAUUUUUACCCAUCUACCAAUAGGUGCCCUUCUUUGCGAGGCAUUGGAAAACCUCCCUGGUCUUUCUGGUUGAAUCGGUGUUUGAAAUUCACUGCUCGACUGAGGGACCUUACAGAUAAUUGUAUGUGUGGGGUACAGAGAUGAGGUAGUCAUUCAAAAAUCAUGUUAAACACUAUUAUUGCACACGGUGAGUCCAUGCAACUUAUUAUGUGACUUGUUAAGCAAAUGUUUACUCCUGAACUUAUUUAGGCUUGCCAUAACAAAGGGGUUGAAUACUUAUUGGCUCAAGACAUUUCAGCUUUUAAUUUUAAAUUAAUUUGUAAACAUUUCUAAAAACAUCAUUCCACUUUGACAUUAUUGGGCAUUGUGUGUAGGCCAGUGACACAAUCUCAAUUUAAUCCAUUUUAAAUUCAGGCUGUAACACAUUUUUUUGAAAACGUCAAGGGGUGUGAAUACUUUCUGAAGGCACUGUAGUUCUCUCUUUCCUUGAAGUGCUUUUUAUUUAGAAUUAAGUUGUGUAAGACAAGAUGUUGUGCAACUCAAUCAAGAGGGCUCUUUUCUUUGUAGUCCUAACAUCUUUUUCAUGUCAUGUCUUUUUCAGGACAUUGAUUUGAUUGACAUCCUGUGGCGACAGGAUAUCGACCUUGGGGCAGGACGGGAAGUGUUCAACUAUAGCAGCCGCCAGAAGGCGAGUGAGGCGGAAAAGCCCAGCCCGGAGGAGGAGGAGGAAAGAGCAGAGGCACAGGAGAGAUGGAGGAAUGGAGUGAACCUUCAAGAGGCUCAGCCUGUGGAUGGAGAGACCGGGGAGAGCAUACCAGAGCAGGUAGCUAAGGGCACAGAUUGUGUUUUUCAUGAUCGUGUGUCCACUGCAGUUGAUAGUAAAGGGAGUGACCUCUGUGCUGUCUGCUUCUCCCCCUCCCCUCCCCCAGCUCCCAGGCCUUGGCUCUCAGACCUCACUGUCCCUGCAGGAAUGCCUAAGGCUGCUGGAGGCCACCUUCCCUUUCGGAGAAGAAUCUCCUGAGGUAAAGACAUUUGCAAGCUGUUUUAGGAGACAAGCAUCUUGAAAUUAAGUUAAACAAACCAUGAUAUUACAAAUGCUAUAUUGACAUUAUAGGCUAAGGAAAUCCCAAAAAUUAUUGUGAGACUUUUAAAGGUAAACAUCUUAUCAGUUUCCAGCCCCUGUAGUCACAGCUGAGCUUGCGGUGGCCAAUGAAGAAGCUCCAUCCACAUCUCGGGGCCUACCACAGCCUCCCCCGUUACCCCAGCCUGUGCCCCAGUUGGACCUGGAGCAGCAGUGGCAAGACAUCAUGGCUAUCAUGGAACUACAGGUUUGUCCUUGCGCUUUAAUCACAACUGGUUCUCCAGUAAAAAAAGUUUUGUUAAUUUCUCUAACCAAUUUUUUCUCUUUUGAAGGAAAUGGAGGUUAAUAACACCUCCGAGAACUCCUUCCUCAGCACUACUUCCAACAGUGCCAAUACCAGUGGCAGCACAAGCGAGUCAGACUCCGUUGGAAGCUUUGGACUUACUCGUUCCUCCACCCUUAUCCACCAAGAUGUCAGCCUUCACCAGGCCUCCCUCCCUAGCUGCAGCCAGGACUUUCCCACACUUUUCAAUCCAGUGAUAGAUGCCACUAGCACCGCACGGCCCCCCUUGCUUAGAAUGUCCUCCAGCAACUCCUCCAACGUCAACUCUACAUUCGGAGCCACCAACCUGACUGGACUCUUUCUCCCACCGCCUCUGAACAGCACCAACAACAUCACUUCCACCCCAGUGGUGCCUGAUCCCUUCAGCAGUCUGCUGGAGGAGUCUAUGCUGGAUGAGAUCAGUCUGCUGGACCUGGCAAUGGAGGAGGGCUUCAGCCAGGCCCAGGCCUCUCAGCUGGAGGAUGAACUCGACUCGGACUCAGGCCUCUCCCUAGACUCCAGUCACAGCCCAGCCUCCCCGAGCAGCUCUGAGACCUCCUGCUCCUCCGCCACCUCCUCCUCCACCUCUGCCACCUUCUCAGAGGAAGGGGCUGUGGGAUACAGCACUGACUCUGAGUCAGCCACUGUGGAACCAGAAGAAGGUGCUGUGGGGGGCUACCAGCCCGAGUUCAACAAGCUCUGCCGCAUGAGCUACCAGGACCCCUCCCAGUUCCACGGGCUCCCUCAGCUCGACAACAUCAACCACAAUCACACCUACAAUUUACCACUAUCUUCAUCGUUCGAUGAACACCCAGAGCUACCGAUUCCCACUGGCAAGAAAAUGGGCCGUGAGAAGCAGUCAAAGCUUCAGCCCCAAGAGGACUUCCUGGACAAACAGUCGAGUCGCGACGAGCGCCGGGCUCGGGCCAUGAAGAUCCCCUUCUCAAACGAGAAGAUCAUAAAUCUGCCUGUAGAGGAGUUCAACGAGCUUCUGUCCAAGCACCACCUGAGCGAGGCCCAACUGGCCCUCGUCCGCGACAUUCGUAGACGUGGCAAGAACAAGAUGGCGGCCCAGAACUGCCGCAAGCGCAAGCUGGAUACCAUCAUCAACCUGGAGCAAGGGGUGCACGACCUGCGUCGUGACAAGGCGCGGCUGCUGAAGGAGAAGAUGGAGUUUAUUCGCUCCAUCCGCCAGAUGAAGCAGAAAGUGCAAAGCAUCUACCAGGAGGUGUUCAACCAGCUUCGGGAUGAGGAGGGCCGGCCCUACUCCCCCAGCGAGUACUCACUCCAGUAUAGCGCCGACGGCAGCGUUCUGAUCAUGCCCCACACCAUGACAGAUCAGCAAACCCGUAAGCCCGAAAAGAAACAAAAGGACAAAAAGAAG